UGCGAAAAAAAUUAUAAGCCAAGUGCCGAAAGGUGAGGCUGAAAAAGGUGGGAGUGAGGAGUCUGAGAAGGUGACGAACGGAGGCGAUGAAAAGUGCGAAGGAGGUGCAGGUGGUUGCGAAAAAAUUGGCAAGGAGGAGCAUCGAGUAGCAACCUUGCGAGAGCGUUCAGAAACGAGGUGCCUUCGAGAAAAAUUUUGA